AUGUUGUUUCCAGGAGUUCAUGGAAUAAACACACCUAGGUUAUGGCAACAACCAGCAGACAAGCUCACCAUGAUGUUGGAAACAUAUUUCAAGUUCACGUUUGUUCGUGAGCCGUUCGAGCGCAUUCUGUCAGCGUACAAAGACAAGUUUGUUCAUCUAAGACGAGUAGACCGCCCAAUUCUUGAAUUUCACGGUAGAGAAAUUCUAAAGAACUUCCGUCCAAACGCCACACGGCAAGCGUUUACAAAGCUCGACGACAUCACAUUUCGUGAAUUUAUUCAAUAUUUAGUAACCAAAGGAAGCAACGAGACCACCCCAGUCAUGGACUUCCACUGGGAUAAUUACGCGAAUUUUUGUGCAAUGUGUGCCAUCAAAUAUGACUUUAUAGGACACUAUGAAACAAUGGAGGAAGAUCUAGCAGACUUGAUAGCAGCAGCAGGCAUAUCUGGAGAGGACGCAAAACGGUUUGCAUACAAGAAAAAAGCUUCGGAUACAUCUGCCUCGUUACUUGAGUAUUACUCGCAGAUUCCUUUAGAAUGGAUUGACAUCCUUGGUUGGAUAUUCCGAGCUAACUUUGAAAUGUUUGGGUAUAGCUUUCCAGGACCUCUGAAGAGUCUAUACAAAGAAAGAAAGCUUCUCGGGCCCAAGUCCUUUCGUCUCUCUGUUAGCCCCGCCGGAAAAAACAAAUGA